AUGGCUUCGACAGCAAGCACUGCGUCGAACAAACCAUCCACGAACAACCUCCAGGCUCCGGUAUUCGUCGACAAACCAGGACGACUGUCACCUCGUCCCAGCUUCACUUCGAGCAGACCUUCUUGGAUCGGACCACAAGACACAGCACGCUCAACCGCACCAGCAUCCUCCACAAUGGCAGAGAAGCAACAAAUCCUUUAUAGCCACCCUGGCCUGCAGCCUCCCGUCUUCAUUGCCGGUUCUAUGUGCGAGCCGCAAUGGGAGCCUAUAGAGAUGAAGCAGAAAGAGAAGGAAGACGGCGAACUCGAAUUUGAGCAUGAGUUCGAAGCAGACCCAGGAGAGUACCAAUACAAGUUCCGUCUCGGUCCCGGUGACUGGUGGGUGCUCGACGAGACCAAGCCGACGGCCACCGAGGUCUCUGAACCACAAGCUGCGCAAACAGCUGAGGAGAAGGAUAUGCCCGUGUCAAUACAAGUUACAGACGCUCACGACAAGCACGACGAGUUGGUUGGUGACCUGAAUGACGAUGAUGAUAUCCCUGAGAGCGAGAAGAACCUCUUCAGGCACGAGACUGUUCAGAUCCCCAACGGUACGGGCGAGAGUGACAAAGAGGAUGAAGAAGAAGACAUCGAGGAUGAUGACGAUGAAGUCGAAGAGCCGCCGCUUCUCGAGCAUGAAAGAUCAUUCCAGCGUGUGGACAGCCAGCACGGUACACCAUUCAAGACCGCUAACUUCGACCUCAAUGAUACCACCGAAUCACCAAUUGAGUUCGACGAUUUCGCUGUCGACGAAUACGAUGCUCCCCCUCUGUUCAGACAUGAGACUGGUGUCGCAAGCGACUUAGACCCCGAUGAGGCUCCGCUCUUUGCCCAUGAGAGCAUGUCUCCAGUCAUUUCCGCAACCUCGUUCUCGCCCUCAGCUCGUAAGCAACGCAAGCCUGAUCUUGAAGACGUCAACGACCCCUCUCUCGAGCCCUUCCCUGUCGACGAGGCUGGCAUCCAGGCUCGCCUCCAGCGUGUGGCAACACGUCGUCGCGAGGACGAAGUUGUGUUUGAGGGAACUCCUCCUUCGCCAUCCCUGGCCCAGACGAAGUCUUUCUCGCCCCAAGCUCGUCCUGAUCUCAUACACAACGAGUCUAGCGAUCUGAGUCAUCUUGACGCUAUUGACGAAACAGAGGAGGCAGAUGAAGCAGACGACACACCCGCUGUAAAGCCCGCUGAAAAGAAGGAUUCGGUCGUACAACCUGUUCCCAUUAACAUCAAGGUUCAGGACGUCUCUGAGAUCGACAGCAACCCUUCGUUCGUAGAUGUCCCAGAUGUUUCGAAUCGUGGACCACCUACACCACCAAUGACUCCUACAGAACAUGCCAGAGCCAAGGCUGCUCCUCAUGACGGAGCGGCCGACUCGAAGGAAAUGCCUGCUCCUGUCGGAAGCCCUCGCUCUCGCAAGGACAAUGUCACAGACCACAUUGCCAACCGCCCAUUGCCUUCAGAGGCUCCAAAGACCGCCAAACCCUCCAAACAGGCGGAUACAGAACAGAGCCUCGCAUCGAAGGCUUGUAUCUGGUUCAUUGGUCUUUGUGGUGGCAAAACUCGCGCAGCACACGGAGAUCGCACACCAAAGGCUCUUGCUCCUGCCAACCUGACCGACCUUGGUUACGCGCAGGUCUACAACUCUGGUGACUACUACCGUAGCCGCUACAUCGACUCGGAGGCCGACCACAGAAUCCUGGGCAUCAACUCCGAUAUCGUCAAGCAAUCGCAGAUUGCUGCUUCCGCUCCUUCUGAUACCGUUCUCCAAAACUCCGCCACUGGUUUCUUGCAGGGUCUUUACCCUCCUGUUGGCAAUGCUUUGGGUACUCAGACUCUCAGAAACGGAUCCAAUGUGACCAGCCCGCUCAAUGGCUACCAACUCAUCCCCUUGGCCUUGACCACCAGCGGUUCUGGUAGUGAGGACAAUGGCUGGCUUCAAUCUGCUUCUGGCUGUGCCAAUGCUGUCAGCAGCUCCAACGAGUACUUCUCCAGCUCUCAGUACACCAGUCUCCUUGCCAGCACCCAGGAUUUCUACAACAACCUUACUCCUGUGAUCAACGGCACUUUCAGCUCAAGCCAGAUCAGCUUCAAGAACGCCUACACCAUCUACGAUCUGGUCCAUGUCGCCGAGAUCCACAACGCAACCAUCAACUCGUCCGAUGUUCUUACUUCUGACGUCCUUUACCAGCUCCAGUCUUUGGCCGAUGUACACGAGUGGGGUCUCGCUUACAACUCUUCCAACGACAUGCGUGCCAUUGCCGGCAAGGUGCUCGCCGCCGAAAUCGUGUCUUUCCUGAACGGCACCAUCGCCGGUCAAGGCAAGAGCAAGUUCGGCGUCCAGUUCGGCGCAUACGCAACCUUUUCUUCCUUCUUCGGUCUUGCCGACUUGCCUGUAACCAACCCUGAUUUCUACGGCAUGACUGAUUACGCCUCGUCGAUGACUUUCGAGCUCGUCACCAACGCUUCCACUUCGCCAUUCCCUGCUGCCAGUGAUAUUUCCGUCCGCUUCUUGUUCCACAAUGGCACUACCAACUCCAGCAGCCCACCUGUCGCUUACCCUCUCUUUGGCACUGGCAACGAACUCACCCCUUGGAACGACUUUGUCACUUCCAUGGACAAGUUCAGCAUUGGCAACACUCAAGCCUGGUGCACUGCUUGCGGCAACAGCACUGGUACCUGUGCUGCCUACGCACCUGCCUCUUCCUCUGGCAGCAACAGCUCCAGCAUCCAGAACAAGGCCAAGAGUGGCAAUGGCUUGAGCCCUGCCGUCAAUGGUGUUAUUGGUGCCAUGGUUACUCUUGCUGUUGUCCUCGGUCUCGAGGCUUUGGUGCUGUUGGUUGGUGGUCUUAAGGUCGUUAGCAAGAAGAGUCUUGCUGCUGGCGCUGUUACCGCCGAGACUGUCAGCGGUGGCAAGGCUGCUUAA